UACAUAUAAAACUCUACUCAUAGGAUCUCUCUCCUUCUUCCUCGAAAGCCGUAAUUCAAAAUCUAAUCUUACCUCCAUCUCACUUUCUCUCUCCUAAACUUUCUUCGCAAAUCAGUCAAGAAUGGGAGUAUACACCUUCGUUUGCAAGAAAUCCGGCGAUGGUUGGUCCGCCAAGCAACACUCCGGCGACCUUGAAGCCGCCGCUGGUUCCACCUUCGAUCUUCAGAGGAAGCUCGUUCAAACCGCCCUUAGUUCCGGUGAUUCCGGCGCUGUUCAAUCCUCUUUCAAUUACAUCACUCCUUCCUCUGCUGUUGCUCAGGUGAUCAUUGGUGGAGCUGUUGCUGCCGCAGUUGUCGGUGGAGGGGCAGCUGCAGCAGCUCCCUCAGGUGGAGCAGCUGCUGCAGAGGCACCUAAGGAAGAGAAGAAGCCAGAGAAGGAGGAAAGUGAGGAUGAGGAUAUGGGUUUCUCACUCUUUGACUAGAGUGUUAAACUGUUAAUUACAUGUAACAUCUCUAUUUUGGCAUGUCAGAAUGUUAUGAGGUGUUCCUAAGUACUAGAAUUUUGUUUAGAUGUUCAGUAAUCAGUAUACUAGAUGAACGUAUUUGCUGAGAGUUUUGUUUGGAACUGGUAAUACAGUUAUUGCCAUGUCUUUUGAUUGUAUUGUCUAAUUCUUUUGAUGAUAAUAAUAUGUCAUAUUUAUGUCUUUUGA